CGCUAUUCUGUUCUUUGCUUUGCCGCUGAGAUUCUAAUGCAACGGAGCCCAGUUACACUCAGAUUAUGCCAUCUCAACUCUUCCUUUCAGAGCAUGCGGACCUGAGGACCACUUAAACGGCAUGGGCACAGACACAACGCCGCAUCGUUCAUACCCUAAGUUCUUCUUGUAGAUAGGAAUUGUAUUUUCUUCAGUCACUUCAGAUGGCAGAUCUUGAGCAAGGAGGAGCAGCCUCUCCCCGAGCCCAGCAGCUCAUCUGAACGCGAGGGAUCGGAUCUGAGAAAGCGCAGGUGUGCCCGGGAUUGCUUUCAGCUGCUUCUUUCUGAAGGGGAAAGUGUCAGGAUUUACCAGCCGAUGUAACAUUUGAAGGACACUUCUCAGAGUAACCGGUGAGGAAAAAGGGGGAAAGCUGCAAACUGUGACAGUAGCUCGCGCGCAAGCUCAACAUAUCACUGGAUUCUACAUUUAUACCUCAAGAAAAAUGUCAUCUCAGACGAGGAUUAAGAAAGACAAGGAGAUCAUUGCGGAGUAUGAAACGCAAGUGAAAGAGAUCCGUAAUCAGUUGGUGGAGCAGUUCAAGUGCCUGGAGCAGCAAUCAGAGGCUCGGAUCCAGCUGUUGCAGGACCUGCAGGAGUUUUUUCGGCGCAAGGCUGAGAUUCAACUGGAGUAUUCUCGCAGUCUAGAGAAACUUGCCGAGAGGUUCUCCUCAAAGAUUCGUGGCCCGAGGAAAGAACAACACCUUCUCUCUUCUGUAAACUGCUGGUAUCUGGUUUUAAACCAGACUCGAAGAGAAAGUAGAGAUCACGCCACUCUUAACGACAUUUACAUCAACAAUGUCAUCGUUCGCCUGGCUCAGAUCAGCGAGGACGUCAUCCGGCUCUUCAAAAAGAGUAAAGAUAUUGGCAUUCAGAUGCACGAGGAGCUGGUGAAAGUGACGAACGAGCUGUACACUGUGAUGAAGACUUAUCACAUGUAUCACACGGAGAGCAUCAGCGCGGAGAGCAAGCUUAAGGAGGCUGAGAAACAAGAGGAGAAGCAAUUUAGCAAAUCUGGAGACCUUAACGUCAACCUCCUGCGCCACGAGGACCGACCCCAGCGGCGCAGCUCGGUCAGGAAGAUUGAGAAGAUGAAGGAGAAGAGGCAAGCCAAGUACUCGGAGAACAAGCUGAAAUGCACAAAAGCCCGCAACGACUAUUUAUUGAACCUGGCAGCCACCAACGCCGUCGUGGCAAAAUAUUACAUCCAUGAUGUUUCGGAUAUGAUUGAUUGCUGUGACCUCGGAUAUCAUGCUAGCUUGGCGCGCACAUUAAGGACGUAUCUUUCUGCUGAGUAUAACCUGGAGACCUCUCGCCAUGAGGGUCUGGACGUCAUUGAGAAUGCUGUCGACAACCUGGACCCUCGCAGUGACAAGCACAAGAUCAUGGACAUGUACAAUCAGGUGUUUUGCCCACCCAUGCGCUUUGAGUUUCUGCCGCACAUGGGAGAUGAGGUGUGCCAGGUGAGUGCGCAGCAGCCCGUGCAGACAGAACUUCUCAUGCGUUACCACCAACUGCAGUCCCGCCUGGCCACACUCAAGAUUGAAAACGAGGAGGUACGCAAGACCUUGGAUGCCACCAUGCAGACCUUACAAGACAUGCUGACAGUUGAGGACUUUGAUGUGUCAGACGCCUUCCAGCACAGCCGAUCCACAGAGUCCAUUAAAUCCGUGGCUUCCGAGAGUUACAUGAGCAAGUUAAACAUUGCUAAGAGACGAGCCAAUCAGCAGGAGACAGAGGUCUUUUACUUCACUAAAUUCAAGGAGUACCUGAAUGGCAGUAACCUCAUCAUUAAGCUGCAGGCCAAGCAUGACCUUCUGAAACAGACUCUGGGGGAAGGAGAAAGAGCUGAAUGUGGAACUACAAGACCCCCAACCCUUCCCCCGAAACCACAGAAAUUGCGGAAACCAAGGCCUCGUUCCAUCUAUAACCAUAAGCUGUUUAAUGGCAAUAUGGAGAGUUUCAUUAAGGAUUCAGGUCAACCCAUUCCUCUGGUGGUGGAGAGCUGUAUUCGAUACAUUAAUCUAUAUGGGCUGCAACAACAAGGCAUAUUCCGAGUUCCUGGAUCUCAGGUGGAAGUCAAUGAUAUUAAAAAUUCAUUUGAAAGAGGGGAGGACCCACUGGUUGAUGAUCAGAGCGAUCAGGACAUCAACUCAGUGGCAGGUGUUCUUAAGCUGUAUUUCAGAGGGCUGGAAAACCCUUUGUUCCCCAAGGAGCGUUUCCUGGAUAUGAUCUCCACCAUCAAGCUUGAGUCAUCCGUUGAAAGAGCCCACCACAUCCAGCAGAUCAUCGUCACCCUUCCUCGCACCGUCAUCAUUGUCUUGAGAUACCUGUUUGCUUUUCUCAAUCAUCUGUCACAGUACAGUGAUGAGAACAUGAUGGACCCAUAUAACCUUGCCAUCUGCUUUGGACCCACUCUGAUGCCCAUUCCGGACGGUCAGGACCCUGUGGCCUGCCAGGCUCAUGUUAAUGAGGUCAUUAAAACCAUCAUCAUGCACAAUGAGGUCAUCUUCCCCAGUCCACGAGAGCUGGACGGCCCUGUCUAUGAGAAAUGCAUGACUGGAGGAGAGGAGUACUGUGACAGCCCUCAUAGUGAACCAGGCACCAUUGAUGAAGCAGACAACUGCACCGAACCACACACAAGCGAUGAUGAGUUGGAGCAGAUUGAAGCCAUUGCAAAGUUUGACUACAUGGGUCGGACUCCUCGAGAGUUGUCCUUCAAAAAAGGUGCAUCCCUUUUGCUGUAUCAUCGUGCAUCUGAAGACUGGUGGGAGGGCAGACACAACGGGGUUGACGGCCUCAUACCCCACCAGUAUAUAGUAGUACAAGACCUGGAUGAUGCGUUCUCUGAUAGUCUGAGUCAGAAGGCUGACAGCGAGGCCAGCAGUGGACCUUUACUGGACGAUAAAGCCUCAUCCAAAAACGAUCUGCAGUCCCCGUGUGAACCUUCGCAUGAUUACAACUUUGGCGGGGUCAUGGGCCGGGUUAGGUUGCGUUCGGAUGGGUCUGCCGUUCCUCGACGCCGCACUGGCACUGACUCUCACAGUCCUCCACGAGACACACCGCCACGGGCCGCAGCCUGCCCCAGCAGCCCACACAAAGUGGCGGUCACUAGGGGCCACAUAGAGAGUCCUGAGAAGAGACGUUUGGGAACCUUUGGCAGUGCAGGAAGCAUUAACUACCCUGAGAGGAAGGUCUAUCCUGAAGGUCACCCGCUCAGGCCUGUUCCUGGAGCAACGAGACACAGCAGCCUUGGGGACCACAAGUCCUUGGAGGCUGAGGCUUUAGCAGAGGACAUUGAGAAAACGAUGAACACUGCACUUCAUGAGCUCCGCGAAUUGGAGCGGCAGAACACAGCCAAACAAGCUCCCGACGUAGUUCUGGAUACGUUAGAACCGCUCAAGAACCCAGUGAGCUCAGAGCCAGCGAGCCCCUUACACACCAUCAUGAUCCGGGACCCGGACGCGGCCCUCAGGCGCAGCAGCAGCUCCACCUCCGAGAUGAUGACCACCUUUAAACCGGCGCUGUCCGCCAGAUUGGCCGGAGCCCAGCUCAGACCUCCACCUAUGAGACCCAUGCGCCCACCUCCCACGCAGCACCGCUCCAGCAGCUCCAGCUCCUCUGGGGUGGGAAGCCCUGCCGUAACCCCCACAGAGAAGAUCUUUCCAAACAACGCAAGCAGUGCUGCAGCUUCUUCCGCCAACUCGGGAGAGAAACCUGGAACCAUGUAGUCCGCGGUGUGAUGCUGCUACAUGUGCUGGUGAGGGCGAUGCGGGGCACGAUGCUCCAAGUUCAGGAGUGCUUUUCUUUUCAUUUUCAUUUUUAAUGUAUUUUUUGAGCCUAGAAGAUUUCGCAACUGAAGCCUAGUGGUCUGACGCGUUGAGCCUGGUUGUGGAUGAUGAGAGUUGAGUCUGGCUCAGGUGAUCUCCUACAUUCCAUUCUGUUCUUCCCAUAAUUUCCUGUCUUCUCUGCGAAAGAAACAAAAAAAAAAUAUAAGAGUAAAAUACGAGGAGAAAAAAUUACUUUUAUAGGGUAAAUUUCAUGCAACUGAACUGCAUUAUAUAAAGUAUGAUUAAAAAAAAUCCUUUUGUUUUUAUAUUAUUAUUAAUUUUACCUCAGAAUUAAUAUUAAGUUGUCCUUUUUGGCCUUCUGAUUUUUAUGUGAACUUUAUUUAGAGCAAGAUUCUCUGCACUGGUUGGCCAGAAGAGUUCUGUAAUUCAUUGGAGGACUGUUCUAAGAUAAGCGAUAAGUCCCUCCUUCAAGAACUGGACUGUACAUAUAAUAGAACCAAACGGUCACUCAAAGACUGUCUAACAUGGCCACCUUUGAGCUGUUGUAAAUAGAAAUAUACUGUACUUGAACUUGUAAUGCCUUUCGUUUGUAGAAUAAGCGAUAUACAUAUAAGUAACAACAUAGCCAAGCUGUAAACAUAUAUGAGAUGCAGAAAACCAAUAUACCAACUAAUUUUAAGAAACCUGUGGUAAAAAAUGUAGUUUUACUUGUAUAUAAAGUUCGGGUAGAUUCUUUUUUUUUUUGUACAGCCGAGGACAUGACCAGGCAGGGAGACUAGAAUGGCAAACGCUUUUACAACAAAUGAGCAAAUAAAUAAUGAAUCAAUAGUCAGUCUGAGCCAUUAAUAUUAUUAUUAGUUUGAGGAGUUCUACCUUUUUCCCAAUUUUUGGAUCACAUCAGUUUCCUAAUACAAAAAGCAGUUCUUCAUGCUGAAUUUAUGCAUUCUCUAAAGUUGGUUUUAGGGUAUUCCUGUGAGCUCCCUCCAUAUUACUGCAAGCAUCCAUCAGUUACAUUUGAAUCCCAAAAUAUAUACUCUGUCAACUGAUUUUAUGAAUUAUAUGAAUAUGAUAUUAAUUCUUACUAAGUGGCCAGUGUUUUUGUGACCUCAAAAGGGUGAAUCAAACAAUGUGUCAAUGCCAUAGUGAUAUACAGUAAAUCUAGGGAUGCACCGAUAUGAAAAUGUUGGCCGAUAUAGAUAACCAAUAAUUCUUUAUAUUUGGAAGCUGAUAAAUCCAAUUUCAAAAUUAAGCACACAAUUAUAAUGUUCAUGUAGCUUAUAUGACAGACUUCUGUUGCACAGGUUCAUUUAACUGUUAUUUUCCUUUAUUGAAGUGAUUCCAAUAAUAUUUCAAGCAAUUCAAAACGGUGACAGCGAACAGUGCGCACCUGAAGUGUCUCAUCUGAAGGAAAGAAUCCAUUAUUUAUCGGCUUUAAUAUAUCAGCCAAAUUUUAACAAAUUUUAAUUUUUUAACAAAAAAUGAACAUAUAUCGACCGAUACCGAUAUGUUGACCGAUAUAUUCGGCAUCCCUAUAUAAAUCCUCAAAAUAGGUCUCAUUUUUUUAUGUUCCCCCAAAAGGUGUUUUUUUUUUGUAUAUCAAAUACAAAGUAAAGCAUAUUCCAAGUGUAUCUAAUACCACAUUUAUAAAUCCAUACCACUCUCCACACGAUUUAAAAUAUUCUAUAACCCACACAAAAAUGUCAUAAUACAAAUAUCACCUAAAAAUAGGCCUCAUUUUCUUAUACAAAAUAUAUUUUUAUAAUUUUUUUGUCUUGGCUUUGGGAUAAACCAGACAUCAUGUUGUGAGAUUCACCCAAAACAGUCUUGUUUAUGUCAGAUAUAUGGUGCAAAGCACUGCACAUUCUCAGUGAAAUGAAUGAUACAUUUGUAAAUACAAACCGCUCUCUCUCUCUGGUGAGAAACACAACCCUCCUCCCAAUAUAAAUUUUCAAUAGCCUAGAGAAACCAGCUCCAACAAGAGAAGCUUCACUGCCCCCAAUCUGUCAUAUCAUCUCUGGUUCAUCCUCAGCGUUACCCCUCCUCCCUGAGCUGUGCUUGAAGAGGGAAUACCCAGUCGUGAACAAAAUUUGCCCGACUGACCUAGAUAUCCACUUAAAUGCACUGAACCCAAAGCUUUAAUCUCAUCUUCACCGAUUUUACUUUUACAGUUUGCCUUAGGAUUUGCCACUUCACGCAGUCCAACCAGAGUGACCGUAUGCGAAAACUUGUGUAGCUUUGAAAAAAUAGAUUUAAAGCCAGGCUUGAUUUGUUACAUCACGUGUCUGAGUAGUCUAACAUUUCUCGUUGUUGCCAUGCUGAUUUGCUCUUGCGUUAGGAGCAUAAAAAAAAAUUGUAAAUCAAGACUCCAUGACUUGUUGCUGCCAUCUUGAAUUUCCUUUAACAAAUGAUUUGGCAAACACUGGUAAUUAGCUUCUGUCUGAAUUCCUCAGCAUGAGCCUGUUGUCCGCAUGUGAGGGAGAUAGACAAGCACGUGCUUCUCUUUACCAAUAAGCAACACUGUUCAAAGAAUAAUAGUGCUGCCUUUUCCUAGAUACAAUGCACUAUAUUCCCGAAACACGUUCACUUUCAGACUGGAACUGGGUCUGUAAAGGCUGCCUGCAAGGAUUAGGCUCAUCUCAGGAAGGGACUCUAAUUUUGUCUAUCUACUAUCUUACCAUAUCACCUCCCAGUAGGCUCCAUUUAAACAUUUAAACCACAUGCAUAAGGACUAUUGUUCACGAUUACUAUAGGACACACAUCUAUAUCACUUCGGCAUAAUUACGUCUGGAUGGAUGAGGGCUUAAUUCAAUUUACAGUAAGAAAACAUGCAGAAUAUUACAAUGCAUUUAAUAAUCAUCGUAGUCAUCCUUCUGUGAUUUGAAGUACAGGGUUUCACAGGUUGAAAACCUGGGAUUCUUAAAUUCCAGACCUUCGAAAGUCAUUUACAUGAAAGUCGGUAAAAAUUUCUAAAGUGAACAUGGGUGUUACUGUUCUUCUCAGACCAAUAAUAAUAAACUGGCUAGAAAUAAAAUGUUAUUUUAAAAAAAAUGGCUUGAUUAUAUUUACAGUAAUGAAGUAAUGCAGAAUUAAUCAUUCAAUGUAUUAAAGAGACUUAAAGGGCCAUUCUUUUGUAAUUUGCAGUAUAUGGUUUCCAUUGCCAUAGAUAACCGGGAAAUAUCAGGGAAUUAAAUGAUUUUCAGUCCUCGUAAUUACAGGUAUGCAAUAGUUCAUACAGGUAUGCAUUUUUUCUUGUUCUCAGCUGGAACAUAAAUUGAUUGGCUUAAAAUAAAAUUCUGUGGAAAUGUAUGAAUAAUAAUAUACAUAUAUUUUUAAUAUUGCUAUUUACUACUAAUAUAACCUCAUCAUCAUUUAAAAGAAUAAAAAUAAAUGUGUGAGAACCCUUGCCCCUGGUUUUACAGACAAGUCUUAAGCCUAGUCUAGACUAAAACGCAUGUUUUAACUGAAAGCAAUUUGCUCUGAUAAAUCUUAAAAUAUGUCGGUGCCAUUGUUUUGUCUCAAGAUGCACAUCAGGAAUGAUUUUUUCGAAGGCACGCUGGCCAAAUCCUGGCUAAAUCUAAGCCCUGUUUGUGAAACCAGACCCUACAAUACCAUCUUAGUCUUGUUUAGUGUGGAUUUACCAGAUAAACCUUUCUUUACAUAUAAGGGCUAAGACAGAUACUGCCCUCUGGUGGCCUUAUUUGGCCUGUCCCUUCUCAUAGUCUCCCUCUGGUGGUCAUUGCUGGUAUCGCUCAUUUAUUGACAAUGCGCAGGAAAAAUCUAAAUUGUUGGCAGAACUUGAAGCUCUUUGGUACAAAUGUGAAAUUGCUACCACAUUUCUGAAAGUUUUACAGCAUAUCUAGUCUUACUGUCAUUCUAGGCAUUCCGAACUCUAGCUUGCACUAGCAGCCAUGCACCAAAGGUUCACAUAGAUCAGUGUGUGUUGAGAAAUUCGCACCCUUGGAUUUUCAUACAAUGUCGUUACUCGUGCUGUAAUCAUGCCUUUGAGUGUUAUGAAUUUAAAUACUUGAGUAUCAGACUUCUUCUCGUUCUUCUGGGAAGAACAGUGCAUUACGUUCUCACAUCUUUGUUGUACAGCUCAUCUAUAUACUGUAUAGCGCUUAUGUAACAAGCCGAUGUUUGAUAAUAAAUGAUAUCGAGUUUACAGAAUCUGCCAUCCAUAACAUACUUAAAUAGUCAUGGCCUUUCAAUCCAUGUUGCGUCAUUCAUCUCUGUUUAUCUCUUCUCUGCAAGUGAACGCAAGGCUGUGCUGUGAAAAGCGUAUACUUUUGCUGUUAAGUUAAAUCUUCUAAUGCAUUGCAGUAUUUAAGACCGUGUUGGUCUGAUAAUAGGAUGUUGUAUGGUACUUGCACGAUUUCUAAGGCACUUGGUGCAUCCCUGUACUUAAUAGACUGUGUGUGAUGUUACAGGAAGUAUGUUUUGGGAAUGUAUGCAACAUUGGGAGUGUAUUGUACGUAUGCCACAGUGGGUCUAUAUUGUAUGUACGCUAAGAUAACAGGGAAAAAAAAUAGGCUUUAUCCUUCUCUGGACACAAUGUUCAACAGGACAAAAGUGCCGUCUGUCUAUAGUAGUUGGUUGUGAAAACAUUUGUCGUUUUUUUUCCCGUUUUUUUUCUCUAAACACAUUUUGUCUAGUGAUGCUGUUCUUAAAUGAGUGUUUGAAUGGUUGGAUUACCCCUCUGUGAUGUUAUCCUACACCAUCCCACUGUUCGGAUGUGAACCAUUCUUAAGUCCAAAUAAAUACUUUUUUUUUUUAACCUUA